AACACGAACAAACCUAUUGUUAUCGUCCCGAGUCUGUCACAUGAUUACAAAUUAUUCCUGUGACCGAUCGUCGCGAACGAGUGAAUCGCCGAGGGUGUAGCGAACGCGGUGUCCGGGACACCUGUUUGAGUCUGACGAUCGCAACGAAUCGCGGCUGAUAAUCCAAAGAUUUUCGCGGACAGUGGAUGCGUCGCGAUUAGGUUAAACUCGACUCUGUCUCGAACGAUCUUGAUAGUUGAGGAUGAAGAUUUGCGGGCCCAAGUACGCUUUGUGCGGUUUAGUGUUGUCCGUUUGGGGAAUAUUUCAGCUGCUCCUCAUGGGGGUGUUCUUCUACUUCCGCAGCGUAGCCCUGGUAGAGGAUUUGCCAAUGGGAAACAAGAACUUCACCACGCUGAAGGACUUCUACAAAGUGGCGGAUCGUGGCUAUAUGCAGAACGCGUACAACUGCUGGAUCGCCGCGUGUAUCUACGUCCUCACCUUUCUCUUCUCGGGCCAUCAAUUCUACCUCAAUUCCAGAUCAUCUCUUAGCGUAUAAGCAAUUAAAGAUGUAUUGGUUCUUUAUCACAUAUAUCUAACAGAAACAGAGCUGUCAUCACAGCUCUGCUACGUUAGUAGAAAUGAGUAAUACGAUUACAGUUGCAAUUGAAUUACAUAUAUUUGAGCGUGACUUACCUGUGAUGCGACAUCCAGGUUCCAAGUGUCUCUACGAGCGCAACAGAAAGCAUAUUUUGCCACAUGGGUGUGUGAUUACAAAGGUAUUCAAGUAUAUUUCCAUGUAUUAGUAUAUUUUUUUUCUCAUGGGUGUAUAGCUGAGAAGUAUAGUAGAAAUUGAUGCAAAUUACAUAGCUCAAGGAAGUUUUCUCAUGAUGAUGUAAUUCCUACUCUCAUUAUAAGAAUAAUAUAUUCCAAUCAUUGAGUCAUACAAUUGCUAAAUGUAUUGUUACAUAAUGUUAAUAUGAUUUAAUAAAUUAUUAUUACCGACAACAA